AUGAGCGAUGGUAAAAAAAGAUUAAGUGGGAGUCAAUAUGCAAAAUUGCGAAAAGACAAAGAAUUGAAAAACAAUACGGACUUGGAUAGAACGAAGAAAAUCAACAAGUUUUUUCAGUCGGCGGUCAGUGGAAGUGGAGAUCAAUUGGAAGAACGAAAUGAUACUGAAGAUAAGGCCUCCAUGGAGAUAUUAACAAAAUUGUCUGAUGAAUGUCUCUCAGAAAAUGUGGAGCAAUGUUUCCGUUUAUUUGAUGACCCUGCUUUAUGGCAAGUAAAUAAUGAGAUGCGCGAUUUUGUGGCCAAAUAUGGCUUCAAGCGAAAUGAAAAUAUGGACUUUAGUAAAUCCAAAAAGAAGUACAGUGAUGACAAAAUACGCAGCCUCACACAAAAAGGUUUUAAUGAUUGGAAGAAUGCUUAUAAUGCGCUGAAGGAACAUGAAAAUUCAUUAUCUCAUAGAGACUGCGUACAUGCCUGCAAAACGAGAGGUCGUGCUAUAGCUGGCAAGUAUUCAGGACUUCAGGCGCAAAUCAAGGAAGUCAAUCAUCAAGUUGCAUUUAUACCAUGCUCAGCUCACUCACUUAACCUUGUUGGCACAAAUGCAGCUGAAUCCUGUGCAGAAGCUUGCAAUUUUUUUUGGUUGAUCCAACAUGUUUACAACUUUUUCAGUGCUUCUACUGCCAGGUGGGAAAAUUGUGGGGGUUUUGUUUUAGAAUGUCUGAACAAGUCUAACGUCAAACUUCAAAAAGUAGACAUUGAUCUAUCGACUGUAAUCGAAAAUUACGACUCACUUUUAACGUUGUUCGAAUCACUCAGAGAAAGAUUUGAGGAUUAUGAAAAAAAGGAAAAGUCCUGUCUUUAG